AUGACGUCAGAGCUCAGUGACCAAUCCCUAUGUAGAGCGCCAAGUUUCUCUCACAGCGUCAGAAACAUGGCGGAGGACGCAGAAAUUGGGUUCAAAAAGGAAACAGUAAGCAAACUCCUGUCAAGUUUCUUCAAGGAGGACAAAACCAGAUUAAGUGGUGAUGCUGUGCUGCUCAUGGUGGAGAUGCUGAAAGUAUUUGUCCAAGAGGCUGCUGUGAGAUCACAGAAACAAGCCGAGUCUGAAGACUGCGACCAAGUAGACAUCGAGCACUUUGAAAAGAUUCUACCUCAGCUGCUGCUGGACUUCUAGCAUAGUGAAGCCACAAGAUGGAGCCAGAGUGUUACCUGCGUGUUCCUGCUUAAAUCCCACAACUUCAAUUGUGUUUAUUUUUUUCUGUAUAACUGCAAUUUAAUAAUCACUCAACUAGAGAGAUUACAUUAAGAGUCUCUUUCUGUAUGCAUUUGAGUGGUGUGAUUUUAACUGGAAAUCAGCGGCGCUGUCCGCACGCCUCCAUGCCACCACCAAUAAGGCCCACCUGUGCUCGUCUGUGCAACAACAGGUGCUUCCAGCAUGCUCCAUAGUGCCCUUCAUCAAAGCCUCCUGGAGCAGUUGGAAGCAAUUAGAGUAAUAAGGGGAGCAGCCAGUCCCUUAGAUGAUGACAAGUGCCAGGAAAAAAGGAGUACCCCCUCCGGCCACUUUGAAGUUCCCUUUUGCUGUCCUGCGAUGUUUAGUUAGAGGUGGGGGGAAGGGCAAAGGGGACCUCUGGCACAGGGGGAAAGUUGAAUGGGAGUGUGCGUGCAUGAAUGCGUGCAUGUGUUAGCCAAACACAGCCAGAGACCACACGCAUAGAUAUUCUGUUUGAAAGGAAACAUAACAAAACACAUUGGAACAUGGUCCAAGAAGAGCAGGGUGCAAUUCUGAAGGUAAAUAAACAAAAGAGGUGAGUAGUAGAGGUGCUUUCUCUCCUUUCACCACAGCAGAGGGGGAAGUUGGGCCUACAAGGGAGAGCAUAAUGUGGGGUUUUCUAACCCAAGUGCCUCUGAUGGUUUUCCACCAGCGGUGUAUUUGACCAACAUGUCUUUACCAUGAGUCAGCAUAGCUGUACAACACCUCACACUAUUUAUUUGUGUGGCUCUUGAGUGACUCACUACGCUCACAAACGCUGCUCACACACAGCUGGAAGCAACUUAGGCUAAAGUCAAGAGUGCGGGCUCCAAUAGGUGCUCAAGGACGAGGCACCUGGAAUUUGACCCAGCACCUUUUUUAGGAGGGCCCAGACUGGAUUUGUGUUUCCCAGGAGGAACAUCCACAGCAGGCUUUCAGCAGAGGGUGUGUUUGGUUUAGUGAAAUUUAGUUUAAUGAUGCUGAGGACCGUUAGUGCCAAAAAAAGUGAAGUAAAUAAUCUUUUGGGUUAAUAAUUACAGCACAUAGGUCGCGUUAAAACAUUAGGGAGGACACGUGAAACGGCGGGUUUGGUGAUGUCAAAAACUUAAUUUCCUGGAUUCUGCUUAAUUU